UUGAUCCGCAAUCUAGCGGUUGUACUUCCAUCGCAGUCACCGUGAAGCGCCUCGUCCAUCAUCAACAUCAAUUUGGAGCCUUUUGAUCCCUAUGCUGCGAAAGCAUCCCGGCCGUGGGCGUUACGCACAUCCCGGUGAUCUGCGCUAUAUUGUGCGCGUCACGGUUGCGCCUCGCUGGCAAGUUCUCGUCCGGUUCUUCCCAUCACUAGAUGAAUACUGCAGAGUGCUGAGUCUGGUAAGAGCGGGCAAGUGGACCAGGCUUUGCAGCCGCACGCGGAUUGCUGAGGCAAGGCAGCUCGUCCCAGGCGUCGAGCGACCGAUCGCUUAUGCCCGGCCUCGAAGCGGACGGGUGACUGACCACAUGUUUCCUGUGAUCCCUCUUUCUCUCGGAGAUUUUGCGACCUGGCAUACGGUUUCUAGCAGGGACCCUACAAUCAAAGCUUCAUUGAUCAUCAGGGACGCUCUUCAGCCCUCACUUCCCGCGCGGCCCUUGACUCCGCGCGGAUCUUCGUUUUCGACACAGUCUCUUAGCAGUUGGGCCCAUAACUAUGGGCUAAUCAGAGCUUCCGAGCAAUAUCUGCGGUCAGAAGCUACGGCCAACGCGAGUAUUCACCCACCGACUAACCCCUCUUUUGGAUUGCAAGCCUCCAGACCCCGCGGGGCACAUAGCGGCGCGUUUUAGGAGUCUGUAGCUGGUUUGGCAAGUGGCUAGAAUCUUCUGGCUUCGGGUCUCUGGCCGAGUCGUCUGCAUCCGCGAGAGCCCCUGUCCCGCAGCUUGUCGUUAUCUGGGCUCAACGCAAGUGUCGGCUAACCGUGAGCG